UAUGCAGUGGGAACGGACAGUAUUCUAAAGGGACAUGCCAGUGCUACAGCGGCUGGAAAGGCGCGGAGUGUGACGUACCCAUGAAUCAGUGCAUCGAUCCUACCUGCGGGGGCCACGGCUCCUGCAUUGAUGGAAACUGCGUCUGCUCUGCUGGCUACAAAGGCGAGCACUGUGAGGAAGUUGAUUGUUUGGAUCCAACGUGCUCCAGCCAUGGGGUCUGUGUCAAUGGAGAAUGCCUUUGCAGCCCUGGCUGGGGUGGUCUGAACUGUGAGCUGGCGAGGGUCCAGUGCCCAGACCAGUGCAGUGGGCACGGCACUUACCUCCCCGACACGGGCCUCUGCAGCUGCGAUCCCAACUGGAUGGGUCCCGACUGCUCCAUUGAUGGCUGCCCCGAUUUGUGCAACGGCAACGGGAGAUGCACACUGGGUCAGAACAGCUGGCAGUGUGUCUGCCAGACCGGCUGGAGAGGGCCCGGAUGCAAUGUUGCCAUGGAAACCUCCUGCGCGGAUAACAAGGAUAAUGAGGGAGACGGCCUGGUGGAUUGCCUGGACCCUGACUGCUGCCUGCAGUCGGCCUGUCAGAACAGCCUGCUCUGCCGGGGGUCCCGGGACCCCCUGGACAUCAUCCAGCAGAGCCAGACGGACUCGCCCGCAGUGAAGUCCUUCUACGACCGCAUCAAGCUCUUGGCAGGCAAAGACAGCACCCACAUCAUUCCUGGAGACAACCCCUUCAACAGCAGCUUGGUUUCUCUCAUCCGAGGCCAAGUAGUAACUACAGAUGGGACUCCCCUGGUUGGUGUGAACGUGUCUUUUGUCAAGUACCCAAAAUACGGCUACACCAUCACUCGCCAAGAUGGCACGUUUGACCUGAUCGCCAAUGGGGGUGCCUCCUUGACCUUGCACUUCGAGCGAGCCCCAUUCAUGAGCCAGGAGCGCACAGUGUGGCUGCCGUGGAAUAGCUUCUACGCCAUGGACACCCUGGUGAUGAAGACAGAGGAGAACUCCAUCCCCAGCUGUGACCUCAGUGGCUUUGUCCGGCCAGAUCCAAUCAUCAUCUCCUCCCCGUUGUCUACCUUCUUCAGUGCUGCCCCUGGGCAGAAUCCCAUCGUGCCUGAGACCCAGGUUCUCCAUGAAGAAAUCGAGCUCCCUGGUUCCAACGUGAAGCUUCGCUACCUGAGCUCCAGGACUGCAGGCUACAAGUCACUGCUAAAGAUCACCAUGACCCAGUCCACAGUGCCCUUGAACCUCAUCAAGGUUCAUCUGAUGGUCGCUGUAGAGGGGCACCUCUUCCAGAAAUCAUUCCAGGCCUCUUCCAACCUGGCCUACACCUUCAUCUGGGACAAGACAGACGCAUACGGCCAAAGGGUAUACGGACUCUCUGACGCCGUUGUGUCUGUCGGGUUUGAAUAUGAGACCUGCCCUAGUCUAAUCCUGUGGGAGAAAAGGACAGCUGUCCUUCAGGGAUUUGAGCUGGACCCUUCCAACCUCGGUGGCUGGUCCCUGGACAAACACCACAUCCUCAAUGUUAAAAGUGGAAUCCUACACAAGGGCACUGGGGAGAACCAGUUCCUGACCCAGCAGCCCGCUAUCAUCACCAGCAUCAUGGGCAACGGCCGCCGCCGGAGCAUUUCCUGUCCCAGCUGCAACGGCCUUGCUGACGGCAACAAGCUUCUGGCCCCCGUGGCCCUGGCUGUCGGAGUUGAUGGAAGCCUGUUCGUCGGCGACUUCAAUUACAUUCGGCGUAUCUUUCCCUCGCGAAACGUGACCAGCAUCUUAGAGUUACGAAAUAAAGAGUUUAAACAUAGCAACAACCCAGCACACAAAUACUAUUUGGCAGUCGACCCCGUGUCUGGCUCUCUCUACGUGUCUGAUACCAACAGUCGGCGCAUCUACCGAGUGAAGUCUCUGAGUGGCGCAAAAGACCUGGCUGGGAAUUCGGAAGUCGUGGCAGGAACCGGGGAGCAAUGCUUGCCCUUUGAUGAAGCCCGCUGCGGGGAUGGAGGGAAGGCCGUGGACGCAACCCUUAUGAGCCCUCGAGGUAUCGCCGUUGACAAGAAUGGGCUCAUGUACUUUGUCGAUGCCACCAUGAUCCGGAAGGUCGACCAGAAUGGGAUCAUCUCCACCCUGCUGGGCUCCAAUGACCUCACUGCCGUCCGGCCACUGAGCUGCGACUCCAGCAUGGAUGUGGCCCAGGUUCGCCUGGAGUGGCCAACAGACCUUGCUGUCAACCCCAUGGACAACUCGCUGUAUGUUCUGGAAAAUAACGUCAUCCUUCGCAUCACGGAGAACCACCAGGUCAGCAUCAUCGCAGGGCGCCCCAUGCACUGCCAGGUCCCCGGCAUUGACUACUCGCUCAGCAAGCUGGCCAUUCACUCCGCUCUAGAGUCGGCCAGCGCCAUUGCCAUCUCUCACACUGGGGUCCUGUACAUCACCGAGACGGAUGAGAAGAAGAUCAACCGUCUGCGCCAGGUCACAACCAACGGGGAGAUCUGCCUUUUAGCGGGAGCAGCCUCUGACUGCGACUGCAAAAACGACGUCAAUUGCAACUGCUACUCAGGAGACGAUGCCUACGCGACUGAUGCCAUCUUGAACGCCCCGUCGUCCUUAGCUGUCGCCCCAGACGGGACCAUCUACAUCGCAGACCUCGGAAACAUUCGGAUCCGGGCGGUCAGCAAGAACAAGCCCGUUCUCAACGCUUUCAACCAAUACGAGGCUGCGUCCCCCGGAGAACAGGAGUUAUAUGUUUUCAAUGCCGACGGCAUCCACCAGUACACCGUGAGCCUGGUGACGGGGGAGUACCUGUACAAUUUCACAUACAGCGCUGACAACGAUGUCACUGAGUUGAUUGACAAUAAUGGCAAUUCCCUGAAGAUCCGUCGGGACAGCAGCGGCACGCCCCGCCACCUGCUCAUGCCCGACAACCAGAUCAUCACCCUCACGGUGGGCACGAGUGGCGGUCUCAAAGUCGUGUCCACCCAGAACCUGGAGCUGGGCCUCAUGACCUAUGAUGGGAACACGGGCCUUCUGGCCACCAAGAGUGACGAAACGGGAUGGACGACUUUCUACGACUAUGAUCAUGAGGGCCGCCUGACCAAUGUGACACGCCCCACGGGAGUGGUGACCAGUCUGCAUCGGGAAAUGGAGAAAUCCAUCACCAUCGACAUUGAGAACUCCAACCGUGAUGAUGAUGUGACUGUAAUUACCAACCUGUCUUCAGUGGAGGCUUCCUACACAGUGGUACAAGAUCAAGUGCGGAACAGCUACCAGCUCUGUAAUAACGGUACCCUGAGGGUGAUGUAUGCCAAUGGGAUGGGUGUCAGCUUCCACAGUGAGCCCCAUGUCCUAGCGGGCACCAUCACCCCCACCAUUGGGCGCUGCAACAUCUCCCUGCCCAUGGAGAAUGGCCUCAACUCCAUUGAGUGGCGCCUAAGAAAGGAACAGAUUAAAGGCAAAGUCACCAUCUUUGGCAGGAAACUCCGGGUCCAUGGGAGGAACCUCUUGUCCAUCGACUAUGACCGGAAUAUCCGCACAGAAAAGAUCUAUGAUGAUCACCGGAAGUUCACCCUAAGGAUCAUCUACGACCAGGUGGGCCGCCCCUUCCUCUGGCUCCCCAGCAGCGGGCUGGCGGCCGUCAAUGUCUCCUACUUCUUCAAUGGGCGCCUGGCGGGCCUGCAGCGUGGGGCCAUGAGCGAGCGGACCGACAUUGACAAGCAAGGCCGGAUCGUGUCCCGUAUGUUUGCCGACGGGAAAGUGUGGAGUUACUCCUACCUGGACAAGUCCAUGGUCCUCCUGCUUCAGAGUCAGCGUCAGUACAUAUUCGAGUAUGACUCCUCGGACCGUCUCCACGCCGUCACCAUGCCCAGCGUGGCCCGGCACAGCAUGUCCACACACACCUCCAUUGGCUACAUCCGCAACAUUUAUAACCCACCUGAAAGCAACGCUUCAGUCAUCUUUGACUACAGUGAUGAUGGCCGCAUCCUGAAGACGUCCUUUUUGGGCACCGGGCGCCAGGUGUUCUACAAGUAUGGGAAACUCUCCAAGUUAUCAGAGAUUGUCUAUGACAGCACCGCCGUCACAUUCGGGUAUGAUGAAACCACUGGUGUUUUGAAGAUGGUCAACCUCCAAAGUGGGGGUUUCUCCUGUACCAUCAGGUACCGGAAGAUUGGCCCACUGGUAGACAAGCAGAUCUACAGGUUCUCUGAGGAAGGCAUGGUCAACGCCAGGUUUGACUAUACCUAUCAUGACAACAGCUUCCGGAUCGCAAGCAUUAAGCCCGUCAUAAGUGAAACUCCCCUUCCUGUGGACCUCUACCGCUAUGAUGAGAUUUCUGGCAAGGUUGAGCACUUUGGAAAGUUUGGAGUUAUCUAUUAUGACAUCAACCAGAUCAUCACCACUGCCGUGAUGACCCUCAGCAAACACUUUGACACCCACGGACGGAUCAAGGAAGUCCAGUACGAGAUGUUCCGGUCCCUCAUGUACUGGAUGACGGUGCAGUAUGACAGCAUGGGAAGAGUGAUCAAGAGGGAGCUAAAACUGGGGCCCUAUGCCAACACCACCAAGUACACCUAUGACUAUGACGGGGAUGGGCAGCUCCAGAGUGUGGCUGUCAAUGACCGCCCGACCUGGCGCUACAGCUAUGACCUCAAUGGGAACCUCCACUUGCUGAACCCGGGCAAUAGCGUACGCCUCAUGCCCCUGCGCUAUGACCUUCGGGAUCGGAUAACCAGGCUUGGUGAUGUGCAGUACAAAAUCGAUGAUGAUGGCUACCUGUGCCAGCGAGGGGCUGAUAUCUUCGAGUACAACUCCAAGGGCCUCCUAACGAGAGCCUACAACAAGGCCAGUGGGUGGAGCGUCCAAUACCGCUAUGAUGGAGUGGGGCGGCGGGCUUCCUACAAGACCAACCUGGGCCACCAUCUGCAGUAUUUUUACUCGGACCUCCACAACCCGACUCGCAUCACCCAUGUCUAUAAUCACUCCAACUCAGAGAUUACCUCACUCUACUAUGACCUCCAAGGUCACCUCUUUGCCAUGGAGAGCAGCAGUGGGGAGGAGUACUAUGUGGCCUCGGAUAAUACAGGGACUCCCCUGGCUGUGUUCAGCAUCAAUGGUCUCAUGAUCAAACAGUUGCAGUACACGGCCUAUGGGGAAAUAUAUUAUGAUUCCAACCCUGACUUCCAGAUGGUCAUUGGCUUCCAUGGGGGUCUCUACGAUCCCCUAACCAAGCUGGUCCACUUCACUCAACGUGAUUAUGAUGUGCUGGCAGGACGAUGGACCUCUCCAGACUACACCAUGUGGAAAAACGUGGGCAAGGAACCAGCCCCCUUUAACCUGUAUAUGUUCAAGAGCAACAAUCCUCUCAGCAAUGAACUGGAUUUGAAGAACUACGUGACAGAUGUGAAAAGCUGGCUUGUGAUGUUUGGAUUUCAGCUUAGCAACAUAAUUCCCGGCUUCCCAAGAGCCAAAAUGUACUUCGUGCCUCCUCCCUACGAAUUGUCAGAGAGUCAAGCAAGUGAGAAUGGACAGCUCAUCACAGGGGUCCAGCAGACAACAGAGAGGCACAAUCAGGCCUUCUUAGCUCUUGAAGGACAGGUCAUUUCUAAAAAGCUCCACGCCAACAUCCGGGAGAAAGCAGGCCACUGGUUUGCCACCACCACGCCCAUCAUCGGCAAAGGCAUCAUGUUUGCCAUCAAAGAAGGGCGGGUGACCACGGGGGUGUCCAGCAUCGCCAGCGAGGACAGCCGCAAGGUGGCGUCCGUGCUGAACAACGCCUACUACCUGGACAAGAUGCACUACAGCAUCGAGGGCAAGGACACCCACUACUUUGUGAAGAUCGGCUCUGCCGACGGUGACCUGGUCACGCUGGGCACCACCACCGGCCGCAAGGUGCUGGACAGCGGGGUGAACGUGACCGUGUCGCAGCCCACACUGCUGGUCAACGGCAGGACUCGAAGGUUCACCAACGUUGAGUUCCAGUACAACACGCUGCUACUCAGCAUCCGCUACGGCCUCACCCCAGACACCCUGGAUGAAGAGAAGGCCCGAGUCCUGGACCAGGCGAGACAGAGGGCCCUGGGCACCGCCUGGGCCAAGGAGCAGCAGAAAGCCAGGGACGGGAGAGAGGGGAGCCGCCUGUGGACGGAGGGGGAGAAGCAGCAGCUCCUGAGCACGGGACGUGUGCAAGGUUAUGAGGGAUAUUACGUACUUCCCGUAGAGCAAUACCCAGAGCUCGCAGACAGUAGCAGCAACAUCCAGUUUUUAAGACAGAAUGAGAUGGGAAAGAGGUAACAAAAUCAUCGGCUGCCAUUCCUCGUCUGGAUGGCUCAGUGGGAGUAACUGUUAUCUCCUCUCCUAAGGAGAUGAAGACCUAACAGGGCACUGAGGCCGGGCUGCUUUGGGUACCAGUGGCAAGAAAGCUCACAUUUUUUGAGUUCAAAUGCUACUGUCCAAGCAAAAAGUCCCACAUCCUGAAGUAGACUAAAGCCUGGCUGAAAAUUCUGAGGAAAACAAAAACAAACAAACGAAUGAAUGAACAAACACACAAAAUGUUCCAAGUUCCCCUAAAAUAUGACCCACUUGUUCGGGGUCUACACAGAAAAGAGACGCCAAGUGUCCAAAAGGAACAAAACAAUAACAACAACAAUAA